CUCUGUGAACCCUGUUUCCCUCGGCGUGGAGCGAGCGGUAACUAGGUCCUCCCUCCUGAGCAGGGGAAGCCGCGGCCGGCGGCCCUCGGCAGAGGGCAGAUAUGGAGACGGCGGCGCUCUGUAUCCAGAACUCUGCCUUUCCCAGAAAUAAAGAGGAAAAAAAUGACCAAGUUCCAGGAGGCGGUGACAUUCAAGGAUGUGGCUGUGGUCUUCACGGAGGAGGAGCUGGGGCUGCUGGACUCCGUCCAGAGGAAGCUGUACCGAGAUGUGACACUGGAGAACUUCCGGAACCUGGUUUCAGUGGGGCAUCAGUCCUUUAAACCAGAUGUGAUAUCCCAGUUGGAGAGAGAGGAAAAGCUUUGGAUGACAGAGAUCCAAACCCAAGGAGGUGGGCAUUCCAGGGAGAGCUGUGCCGUGGGAGGCCUUGAAGGAAGCAGGAAUGAAAAUGAGCUGGAGACUCUUCAUGAAGCAGGAGUAAGGUGCCUUUCAUUGGGAGAGCUUUCAUGCUGGCAAAUGAAGAGACAUGUUGUGAGUAAAUUAACGAAAAGUCAAGAUUCCAUGAUACAUAUUGAAGAAAAGAGUUCACAGUUCCCCAAACAACCUAAUUCCCCAUAUCAGGUGGGAACAGGAGUAUCCAUGCAGGCUUAUGUGGAGGACAGUUGUAUAAUGAAUCUUACUGAGAAUCAUUCUGAUAUUAAUGAAAAUCAAGGAUUUCCAGCAAGGAGAGCUCAGAAUUCUUGGAAUAAAACAUACUUGAACGAGACACAGAAUUAUCAGGGAAGUUGUAAGCAGGUGCCAGUGAAAAACAAGUUCUGUGUAUUUGUCCCACAUGCUGAUGUCUUCAGUUGUAAUUCCUAUUCCCCUGAUGAUGAUACAGUACACAAGAGAAAUCAUGCUCACAGCAACAAAGAUUGUGGUGAGGACAUCUCAAAGGUGUCCCCUCUUGUCCAGCUCAGUAUAUUCCACACAGGACAGAAAACCUAUCAGUGUAAUGAAUGUGAAAAAGCAUUCAGUGACAGCUCCAGUCUUGAGGUCCAUCAGCAGGUACACUUGGGAAAGAAGCCCAUUACAUGUAGUACACAUGAGGAUAGCAGGUACAGCUCAACCAUUCCUGUUCAACAGUACGUUCACGCAGGGAAAAAACGUUACUGGUGUCGUGAGUGUGGGAAGGGUUUUAGUCAAAGCUCAAACCUGCAAACUCAUCAAAGAGUUCACACAGGGGAGAAACCCUAUUCAUGUCUAGAGUGUGGUAAGAGCUUUAAUCAGACCUCUCACCUUUAUGCUCACUUGCCUAUUCACACAGGAGAGAAGCCUUAUAGAUGUGAAAGUUGUGGGAAGGGCUUCAGUCGUAGCACAGAUCUGAACAUUCACUGCAGAGUUCACACUGGAGAGAAACCUUACAAAUGUGAGAUCUGUGGAAAGGGCUUCACUCAGCGAUCACACCUGCAGGCCCACGAGAGAAUCCACACUGGAGAGAAACCAUACAAAUGUGCAGAUUGUGGUAAACGCUUUAGUUGUAGUUCAAAUCUCCAUACCCAUCAGAGAGUGCACACUGAAGAGAAACCGUACAAAUGUGAGGAGUGUGGGAAGUGCUUCAGUUUAAGCUUUAAUCUCCAUAGUCAUCAACGAGUCCACACAGGAGAGAAACCCUAUAAAUGUGAAGAAUGUGGUAAGGGCUUUAGCUCAGCCUCAAGUUUCCAGAGCCAUCAGAGGGUUCACACAGGAGAGAAACCAUUUCGAUGCAAUGUGUGUGGCAAAGGCUUCAGUCAGAGUUCAUAUUUUCAGGCCCAUCAGAGAGUCCACACUGGAGAAAAACCCUACAAAUGUGAGGUGUGUGGGAAGCGCUUCAAUUGGAGCUUGAAUCUUCACAAUCAUCAAAGAGUCCACACAGGAGAGAAACCGUAUAAAUGUGAAGAGUGUGGGAAGGGUUUCAGUCAGGCCUCAAAUCUUCAAGCUCAUCAGAGUGUCCACACUGGGGAGAAGCCAUUCAAAUGUGAUGCAUGUCAGAAGCGAUUCAGUCAGUCUUCACAUCUUCAAGCGCAUCAGAGAGUCCACACUGGAGAAAAACCAUAUAAAUGUGAUACCUGUGGUAAGGCCUUCAGCCAGAGGUCGAAUCUUCAAGUCCAUCAAAUCAUUCACACCGGGGAGAAACCAUUUAAAUGUGAGGAGUGUGGAAAAGAAUUCAGUUGGAGUGCUGGGCUCAGUGCUCAUCAGAGGGUUCACACAGGAGAGAAACCCUAUAUGUGUCAGCAGUGCGGGAAGGGCUUCAGUCAGGCCUCACAUUUUCACACACAUCAGAGGGUCCACACGGGAGAGAGACCUUACAUAUGUAACAUAUGUUGCAAGGGCUUCAGCCAGAGAUCACAUCUUGUAUAUCAUCAGAGAAUCCACGCUGGGGGGAAUCUAUAGUAGUGCGUGUGAGAGCCUUUGGUUAGAGGUCACAUCUCUGUCCAUUAGAAGGUGUCUGCUCGUAGCUGUGGAAGGCUCCUUCAGAACUCGGGAGCUUUGAGGAAUUGUUACAGGAAAGCAGCUGUAUGAAAUGUGCUUUAAGAACUCGGGAGAUGAAUUCUUUGUAAACAUCAGAUUUCACACAUAAUAGAAGAGUGGUUUUUUAAAUGUGGUAAGCAGUUAAAGUAGAGUUUUGAAUGUCCCAGUUCUAAAGAUGAACACAACAGAAGAAUCUUAAAUUUCAUUGGAGUCUACCGAGAAGAGGGGCUUACAAUGAAGGUUAUGUACAGGACUCUAUAAAAAAAGUAUAAUGAUGGACCGAUGAAAGUGAUAUCACCUACAACAUAACCUCCACAUAGAUGGGGUGUUUUUCAUCACUCUUUCUGCCUUGUAGAACUGCUUGGCUUGUAAUAGGUGACCAGCAAUUACUGAACAAAGUGAAGAAAUAUUUGAAAUUUCUAGUCAGUUCUCUACCUUAAAUUCAUCACAGCAUACUCAAAAAGAAUGAUAUGAUGCUGCCAUCCACAAUAAUACAUACUAAUUUCAACAAGACUUCUGAAUGGCUCCUAUUCCCCAUUCGGCUUCAUUGUUUUGUACAGUGUAUUAUCUGUGCACACAGUAUACUAUUUAAUCAUUAGUUUGUAUUUUUAGGUUGAAAAGUCCUUUUUCAUCUAAUAGUGAAUUUAUGAGAAUGGAAAUUUUGAACCCUAAUUCAUUAAGGUACAAUUUUACUGUAACACUAAUGACAUAAAAUUUUAGUAAACUUGAAUUGUUAAUAAUUGGUUUCUUAUUAUUUUCACACAAGCCAAGGUCAAAGUGCCUUCUCUACACACAGUACUUCCUCCACUUAGACCAUUUAGGCAGGGGCUUUGCAGACUUCAAGGACAUGAAUUGUGUCACAUUCCACCCUCAUUCUUCCUGCUAAAAUAAGGAGGAGGGAAGCAGGACAAGAAAGGUUUUUAAUUGAAAUUUCAUUAAAUGUAACUAUUUAGGUAGUCAUUUUCACAGCAUUCUGUGUUCAGCACCUCUUGGUAGAAGUGAACAUUAGCUGGUCAAUGUGUAUAAAAACACCUUUUGAUCUAGCAGUCCUAAAUUAGGGGAUUGUAGAAAAAGUGAGACAGAGCAUACAUAAAGAUGUUUAUAUUGAAUUUAAGAAAAGCAAGGAAGUAUCUGAAAAAUAUUUGAGUAAAUGUGUUCAAAUAAUAUACAGCCAUGAAAAUGAUUUUAUGGAGAAUGAUGGUGGCCUGAAAAGACCUCCAGGUCUCCAUUUAAUGUUGCAACAUGUUGGAGCGCUAUAUAAUGCAGCAAAGGAUUCCCUGCUCAAACAUAAAC